CUUUGCUAUAGCCUCUGCGCGCUUUAUUUAUUUUUAUUUCCUUUCUCAUCUUCUUUCUCUUUUCAAAAAACUCCUCAUCUCUCUCUCAGAGAAGAGAGAAAACCCUUUCGCUUGUGAUUCCAGAAAGUUCUGCUCCCCCCCCCCUUGCAUCUGUCUGCAAAUGUAUCUCUGUCACAUCUCGAAUCAUUCCAAAUACUAUCGAGAUCGCCGAUAAAUUAGUGUUUUCUCUUCGAAUUCCCGUCCCUUACUGAAUCUUUCUUCAGCAAGUCUUUCGAAAUUCUUCGUUAGAAUCGCUGUUUGUUGAUUCGCAGAUCUAUGGAAGAUGAGGGAGCUCUGAUGGUGUCUUUUUGCGGAAUUCGAUACGAGAAUUAGGUCUCAUCGAUUCGACUUGGUAAGUUGGAUCGAUCUGAUCGAGAUGAAUCGGGAUUUGGUUAGGGAGAUGGAUUUUGUCGGAAUUUGAAGAGCAGCAAGGGCUUUUUGAUGGGGAAUAAACUGGGGAAGCGACGGCAUAUGAUCGAUGAGAAGUACACGAAGCCGCAAGGGCUGUAUGAACAUCGUGAUGUCGAUCAUAAGAAGCUUAGGAAGUUGAUUCUCGACUCUAAGCUGGCUCCUUGCUACCCCGGCGAUGAUGAGUGCGCCCUCGAUCUGGAGGAAUGCCCUAUCUGCUUCCUGUAUUAUCCAAGUCUCAAUCGCUCAAGAUGUUGCAUGAAAGGCAUAUGUACAGAGUGCUUUCUGCAGAUGAAACCGCCUCAUUCUGCUCGCCCAACACAGUGCCCAUUUUGCAAAACCUCAAAUUACGCCGUGGAAUAUCGUGGUGUGAGGACAAAGGAGGAAAAGGGCAUGGAACAAGUUGAAGAGCAAAGGGUUAUUGAAGCAAAAAUAAGGAUGCGGCAGAAAGAGCUUCAGGACGAAGAAGAGAGAAUUCAGAAGAGACAAGAGAUAAUCUCUUCUAGCAGAAUAGUGACUCCAGGGGAAGUAGAAUAUCGGGAUAUAUCAAGUAGCUCGCUUGCAGUGCCAUCUUUUAGCUUUCCUGCACAAGCUGAUGAGGUCAUGCCUUAUCAAGGCUCGCGUGCUGCACCUGCAAUUAGACAUCCUUCACACUCAAGGCAGAACAGGGAGGAUGAAUUUGAUCUGGAUCUUGAGGAAAUAAUGGUCAUGGAAGCAAUCUGGCUUUCCAUUCAGGAGCGUGGCACCCAAAGAAACCUGGCUAGCGGUGACACCGCUCCAUCUGAACCAUGUGCUUCGGAAGAUGGACACCCCUCUCCAGCUGUAACCCUGUCUGAAUCAUCCCCCUCUGGUGGUCUUGCAUGUGCUAUUGCUGCCCUGGCCGAGCGUCAACACAUGGAUGGGGAUUCUGCUAAUGCCACAGAGAAUGUGCCAGCAUAUGACAUGCUACCUCAGUCUGGUGGAUUACAUGCUGUGGAUGAGAGGGCGGCAGAGAACUGCACUCCUGAAAGCUGGAUCGAGGUCUCGCCUGACAGUGGAAGGACAGUACCUAGAGAGGAAGGCGAGUGGGUGAUGGAUCAUGGAUCAGAGGUGGCAGAAGCAGGGACCAGCUAUGCCAGUUCGGAUACUGCGGUGGAUGUAGGAGCUGCAAUGCUUGACAGUGCUGGGGACCAUUUUCAGCCCAUCAUGGCAGGACCCAUUCUGCCCGAGAGCUUUGAGGAGCAAAUGAUGCUGGCCAUGGCUGUUUCUCUGGCGGAGGCUCGAGCAAGGCGGAGCCCACAGGGACUGGCUUGGCUCUAGUAGCAGAAUUCACAGUCGUAGUAACCAAAUUUCAUGCUUCCAUUUUAUCGUUGGUGGCUGUUGUUUGUUGUUUCCUUUUCAUCUCUUUUUUUCUCCCUUUGUUUUGGCCUUUUUUCUUUUUUCUUUUUUGUUUUUCCCGUAUAUAGAUGUAAGUAUAAAGGAAAAGAAGUGAGAAAAAAAAAAUGGGGCACAGUAGUAGGGUGCGGAUGGGAUGAACAGAGUUUGAUAAGGUAGAUAGGGGCAUGGAAUUUGCAAUAAUUCUUUUUUUUUUUCUAAAAUUUUCUGCUCUUCCAACUUGCCAGGAGAUGCCUGUCUUGUAUGGGUGAAGGUGGUUCCUGUUGAAAUCUGAAGAAUGCAAUCUGGCAGAGAUGUCGUUAGGAGCAUUGGUUGAACUUCUAUGAAUACAUCAUAUCUUGGUGAA